UACCGCUUUAGCCGACUCACCACCCAUCCAAAAAGAACGUCAACAAGGCAGUUUCCGCCAUCAAAGUUUUUUUUUUUUUUUUGGAAAACCACACUUUUCAGUGGUAUCGCAAGACGGUAUGCAGCUGAGCGUAGCUAUUAUCGGGGCGGGUGCCUCUGGACUAUGUGCUGCUAUUCAACUCAUAAAGAAGCUCGGGCUCACUUCGUUCACCAUUUACGAAAAAUCAGCCGAUUUGGGGGGAACCUGGUUUGAUAACAAAUAUCCUGGAUGCGCAUGCGAUGUUGCUUCGCAUUUGUACUCUUACAGCUUUGAGCCAAACCCAGAUUGGAGUCAAGCGUUCUCUCCUGCAGAUGAAAUCAGAGAGUAUUUCGCAUCUGUCGCCCGCAAAUAUGGCUUGAUUGAACAUAUCCGAUUUCGGACCGAAGUUGUCUCCGCUCGAUGGGAUGCUGAGCAAAACCUAUGGCGUCUGAAGCUGAACAUUGCGGGCGAUAAUGGCGUCAUCAAAGAGGUUGAUGCCACCGCGAAUAUCCUGUUGUCUGCAGUAGGCGGAUUGAAUCGGCCGUACUACCCUGAGAUACCAGGAUUGAAUGACUUCAAAGGGCCUACGUUACAUACAGCCAUGUGGGAUCGGGACGUGUCACUGAAAGGGAAGAGAGUUGGGGUAAUUGGGAAUGCUGCAAGUGGGGCGCAAGUAAUCCCAGAACUGGUGCCUAUUACGGAAAAACUGGUCGUAUUCCAACGGACGCCCAACUGGGUGCUUCCGCGAUACAAUUACAAACACCCGAAGUUCUUGAAGUUCAUCUUCCGGUACAUUCCUGGUGUACAAGCACUGUGGCGUACUAUUCUUUUUGCGCGGAGAGAUCUCUUAUUUGGACUUGGUGCAUUUCGUCCUGGAGGGAUUAUCUCCAAAGCUGCUACCGCACGAUUUGCAAAGUUCAUGAAAGAUCAAAUCAAAGAUCCCGAACUCCAAACGAAACUCAUUCCAAAUUAUGCGGUCGGCUGCAAGCGCGUUAUUCUAAGCAGUGACUAUCUUUCCGCUAUUCAACAUCCCACAACUGUACUAGUUACCGACCCUAUAUCGCGAAUUGAUGAAUAUGGGGUUGUGACGGCCGGCGGAAACCGGCAUGACGUGGAUGCGCUUGUACUUGCAACUGGAUUUGUGACGCAGGAUUCUAUGGGCCAUAUAGAUGUCGAGGGCCGAGAUGGUUUAAAACUGAAAGCCAGAUGGGAAAAUGAUCCCGAAGCGUACCUUGGAAUGACUGUCAACGGAUUCCCCAACUUUUAUACCAUCCUGGGACCGCAUUCUGGCUUGGGACAUUCUUCGGUUCUUACUAUGAUUGAGUGUCAGGUCAACUACAUCGUGCAGAUGAUCAGCACACAGCUCGCGACCAAAACGCUAGCAGUCGAAGUUCGUCGUGAAGCCUUACAGGCAUUCACAGAGAAGAUUUACAAAGCCAUGGAAACAACCACCUGGAAUGCAGGUGGUUGUCAGAGUUGGUACAAAAACAAGUCAGGGAAGGUCACUGCGUUAUGGCCUCACACUGUAUUUUGGUACUGGGUGCAGACUUUUAGACCGAAAUAUCGUGAUUUCAAACCUGUGAUGAAGCCGCCGCGGUCGAUUAUGUAUCAUAUUCUGACCGUUAUCCUUGCAAUUGGAUUAUUGCGGCGGUAUACAGUGGAAAAGUUAGCUGGAUACUGGAUCGGUUACUGAAUGACGACAUUGCGUCUUCUCAUGCCAAUGGACAGUUUUGUGGAAAGUACAUAUAGGAUAUUAGUGCUUGGGGAUUGGUAGCUUUGGUAUGAAAUGAUAUUUUGGGAUUUGUAUAAACAAUAUAUAGUUACAUUCAGCCAUACUAAGA